AUGGAUCGACAACACGAGCGCGAGGAGCUUCCUCGGUCGGUUGUUCCCAACGGGGACGUGACCCCGAGCGCCAGUCAAGUGAACACGAGCCAGACAAACGUUUUUGGAACUCCAACAACAUGCCCUCUCUCUCCAAACUCCAAUGGUCCUCCAGCGUUACCCAACGGAUCUGAUCAAAACAACCCGCAACCUGCGGCGCCGCACGAACCGACGAAGGACACCUUUGCAACUCCAGCACCGCCGACGCUGAGAAGAGGCAUGAGCCCUCCCCCAACCUCCCAACCUCUUCCACUCCGCAAUUUGAUCACAUCGGCGGUUCAGAACUGUCCACAGUCACAGCAUGGACCCGGAAAUACCACCUUCCCAACUCCAGCGCGGCCACCGACGCCAAGUGGAAGCGCGACGCCCCUGUCUGGCUCCCAACCGCUUGUUCAUGGUCCUCCAGCUCCGUCAGCCACCCCUCUGACGGGUCCUUCUGGUAUUGCUUCACAGCCAUCGCCAAUAACGAGCUCGUCGCAUACACCGAUCAGGCCCAGGCUGCAGGCCGGAUCCGUUGUCCCCCCGCCCGCGUCCCCUAUCGGUCCUAGCACGGCGUCGUCCCAACCCCUUGCUCCUCGUCCCCCGGUCACAACAGCGGGACCAAUGGCUCCUCCGUCAGCCAGUGCCCCACAGCCAUCGGCGGUAGCGAGCUCGUCGCAAAGCCCGAUUACGCCCAGGCUGCGCGCCGGCUCUGUAAUCCCUCUCACUGCGUCACCGCUCGGUUCUGGCAAGAAGGUCAUCCCCUUGUUUUCUGGUCGCACAUCGCUUCCUGCACGCCAGCGUCUCAGUGAUGCGGCCAAGACAGAGGUGUAUCGCGCUGCGCCCCCACCACCACCUGCGGUGAAGAAGCCGAGGAAGCCGCGGGCUCCCAAGGCUCCGAAGGCUCCCACGGGACCGUCGGCAUCGGCCGGGCCUAGCACGCAAGCGACAGCACAGCCGUCCUCAUCAACAGGCUCGGCCUUUGCGGUCUCUGCAACCCCCGGGACGGCCAGUCAAGUGGCAGCAGGCGGUACACAAUCAACGCGUGCCUCGGCCUCGCCUCCACCGUCUGGCGCUGGCGAUUACAUGACCGCAGCGCACCGCCUGUCAUCUCCGGUGCUUGGCGCAUCGCGAGCACCAAGGCCACCCCAGCAACCUUCGUCGAGCCCCGAGCCCGAAGACUAUGAAUCCGAGGAAGAGGAGGGUCCACGCCAAGCGUCACCUUCUCUACCACCCCCGCCAGUUCCGGUUCGUCAAGUUCCGCCUGCUACACCAGUCACGGAGGCUGCUAUCGACUUGCGCAGCCCCGAAAAUGGCACUCGGCAGGCCACCCCAGGGCGAUCGUUCACACAACUUGCGCGGUCGCACUCGAGUUCGCCAGUUGAUCAGUUUGCUCUCGACCUGGAGGAGGAAGAAUACCAACCUACAGACUCUUACAUCUCCCAAGGCAUCACGCAGGGCGACGCUCGCCAGGCGACCCCAGGGCCGUCCACUGGCCACCUCUCCCAGUCGUCUCAACGCUCACCGGGGAACAAGCUUGUUAUCGACUUGACCAGCCCUCAGCGUGCUGUCAGGCCAAAGCCCCCCGCUCUGGGCCCGAUGAACCAUGCGUUUGUCGUUCUGCCCAUGAGCCGCAAACGACGAGACGUUCUGAUUAGCCGUGGCGUGUACGACCCGUUCCGCGAUGACUGGGACGAAGUCGAACCCCCAGCUCGGAAGCGGGGGUUGCGGCCAUGGAUGCAGGUCUGGAAGACGCCCAGGGCCGUUCUUGUGCAGGCGGGCGACAAGCCAGCGCGCAUCAAGGAGCCCGAGGAACCGCAGGAUCGAUUCAUCGUUCGGCCUGGACCCGGACUGUUGGAGCCGUGGGCGAGCGUCCUUACGAAGCAUAGCUUGCUCAACCGUACCGGCCAGUACGCCUGUGGGUGGAAGGGAUGUGGGUCUGUUCUUGCGAGUGAGGCGCUUCUUGCUCGGCAUGUGAAGAGGCGAGGACAUGCGGCGCAGGGAGGACUUGACGCAGGGUACCAGCGGUACUACCGCUGCCACUGGCGCGACUGCCCGCAGCAGCCUUGUUUCGAUUCCGUCUCGGACCUCAGUCAACACAUGACGGCCGUGCACAUCUCAAAGUGGCUGCAAUGUCCUUAUGAGGGGUGUGAUUUGAGAUCUCCGACUAUCUCACAUCUUCAAAGGCACGCGACCAAGCAGCACGACGAACCCGAGCGAGACCUCGCUCGUCCACGCGCCGAUGUGCCGUUCCGUGCAACGCUUGCCGAACUGCCCCCUCUCCCACAGUUUGCCCACGCCGACGCACUCACAACCUAUCCUGCCCGCGGCACCUCGCAUCGAACCAACUUCAAGCAGGAACAUGUGAUUGCCCGGAUCCAGCGCAACUGCUUCGCUGGCCCCGACCCAGUCAUCCACUUUGAGCACCCGCCCCACAUGAUGAAGCCGUUGGAAAGCACCGAGAGUGUCGACCAGAGCGCGGCGGUCUCAGAGGCAGAGCCUGCGUUUGGGUCUGGCUCCGGCUCCGGCGAGGACGCGCUGGCAGUGGUGGUGAGCGAGGUCUCGGCCUCGCCCUCAAGGAGGAAGGGCAAGCGCAAGAACCGUGGCUGGGUUCACAAGAGCCGACCUGCUGUCAGGUCCCAGCUCGCCAAUGAGAUUGUGAUGUAUGUGGAGGACGACGAGUACAUCGAGGACGUGGACUUGCUACCACGCACGCGGCCCAGGCUCGAGGUCUACGUGGAUAUCCCCUUCGUCCCGCCUCGGCGACGAACGCGGCCGCUGUUGGACAACGACAUUGAACUCGUUCAAAACGGAGAACCCAGCGACGUGCUCUCAUCGUACCCCGUCUCGCCUUCAAGUUCACGCUACGCCACGCCCUCCUCUCCACCGCCUGGCACGGUCGUGCUCGACGCCAGCGGCCACCCCACUGCCGUCCUCGUGCGCAAAGUCGUCUCCAACGACGCCUCGCCACCGCGCGGCAAGGUGGUCCUCGACCCCAACGGCCACCCGACUGUCGUUCUCUUGCCCAACGACGUACCCAAUGACAUCACCAGCGACGACGCCGCCGCGGACCCUGCGGACGCCAGUGAUUCCGAGUUCAUGGACGUCGACUACACACUCCCCCUGCCCCAGAGCGACGACGAGGAAGAAGAAGAGGAGGAAGUCGAGGAAAUUGAGCUGGAGCGCCUGUCGUGUACCCCCUGUGCGGAGCCUGGUGGCGAUGGCGACUACCGCGCCACGAGCCACUCUGCAAGUCUUCCUCCCGCCAUGUCCAUCAUGGUCUAA